AUGCCCGCCCCCAGCGGCGCCAAACGCGUCCGCGGCAUCCAAAUCCACCGGCCAUUCCUCUACGGCACCGAAGCCAUCCCCUUCCCACCCGACCACGCCCGCGCGACGCCCCCGCCGACCACACGCACAAAUGGAAAGUCUUUCGUGCGCAUGAUCGAGAGCCCACCGUUUGAGGUCGAGGAGACGGGCUGGGGCGAGUUUGAGAUCGCGAUCAAAUUCUACUUUGCGCCCGAGAGUAAUGAGAAGCCGCAGCAGUUGUGGCAUCCGUUGAAGCUGCAUCCGUAUGUGGGCGAUAUUGAGAGACAGAAGGCGGAGAGGACGAUGGUGAGUAGUGUGUGUUAUGAGGAGGUGUUGUUUAAUGAGCCGUUGGAUUCGUUUUAUGAGGUGUUGACAGGCGGGAGGCCGCAGGGGCAGAAGGCGAAGGGGAAAGGUGGGAAGGGGGCGAUGGUGAAGGUGCAUACGGCGGAGAUUCCGGAGGUGAAUACGCCCGGGAAUAAGUUUUCGAGGGAGGAGGAGAGUAAGGAGUUGGAUCGGUUGGGGGAGGCGGUUAAGAAGAUUGAGAAGAUGGUGGCGGCGGAGAAGGAGAUGUUGGUUGUGGAGGAAGGGAGGCUGCAGGAGUUGGAGGCUACGGAGGGGAAGGCGGGGAGGAAGAAGUGA